GAUUGAUCUUACUUUUCCGGCAGUUUUUUGUCCAUCCUGAGAUAGAACAUGAUAAUGAUAGUGUUUAUAAUAGUAAUUUAUAUUAUUGAUAAUCUAAAGUACCUCGCUGAUUUUAUCGAGAUUUUAUAUGCCUUGUUUGCUUUUAUUUUUCUUUCCAGACCAAGGAAACCAGUUCUGCUCUUUCUAGUGAAGAAAUCAAACAGUCACCAUCUGGUGGAGAGAGAAUAAACGGCAAAAACGAACACAACGCAAGUGCCGGAGAAGAAAAAACGUCAAGUGAACAAACACUUGAAAAGCCAGAGGAUGUAAGAGACGAGGAAGACGAAAAGCAGAGCGAGGAACAGCUCAUGGAAGAUUCUGUUGGCCAGUCAAGUGGCGGGGUUCAAGAACCUGCUGCUGAAAAUUCGAAUCAUAAAUCUGACGAUUCUGCAACCAGUUCCGAAACAAGCCCGACCGUUCUCUCUGAUACACCGAGUAAUGCCGAAGAAGUUCCGCUGGAUUCCGAAAAUAUUGCAAGUGAGAGUGAGACGACUUCAGCUGUAAAUGAAGAGACAAAUGUUCCCGAUCGUGCAAGUAGUUGAUAUUGCUUUGUAGCUAUCAACAAACAACACUGAUUGCAAUGAAUACAUGGAAAAUGGGAAAUUUUCCGGCGACGAUUAAAAUGAAAGCAGUUUUAUCCGUGUUAAAUCUUGAAACCUUGUAAUUUUUUAGUAGUUUUCUACUCGUCUCGAAAGACAUUUUGCAUUUUCAAUAGUAUUGUAUUUUUAGUGAGAGUGGAAAAUUUUUGUCUUAUCGCACUAAUAAAAUAAAGAAGGAAAUUGCUACAUGCAGAGGGAACUAGAUGGUCAUUCGAAACGAAUUUGGAAAACCCCGUCAAUGCCCAAAUAUUUAUAAUUAUAGAAGUUUACCGAUUGAAUCAUGACAGAAGGGUCUGUUUAUUACCUUUUUUUUAAUCGUGUUAAAAUCUCCAGAAUUGUUCAACUUAAGGUUAUUACAUUUGCCUUGACAUCCGCUGUUGUGUAAUUUUGAAACAACUGGAAAGCAUGGCGGUUUGGUUCGGGGAUUAUUACUAAGGACGAAGAAAGAAUGGCUUUUGUUGACUCACUGACUAACAAACGUGACGUUGAGCUUCUUGUGUAAACGAUGUACUUUUACGGGCUGUCAUCCUGUGUUUGUGUACGGAACCAUCGAAAUAUUACGGAUAAUCCAUCAAACGUGGGAAAACAAAGCGCGUUCAGCUGUGUUGAUCUUUUUAGUUACUGCUCGCCAGUUGCACAAAGACCAACCCUAUGAAAACUUCAUCAAGGUUCAUUUUAAAAGUUGGGCAGUAACUGGACUCCCGGCGAAGGGAGUUUUGACUUUACAUAAACUCUCGAAUUAAACCUUAAAUUUCCUUGGUGUUACCAAAAGAAAAUGAAGAAAAUCUCCAUGCUGGAAGUGUUUACACUUCGACAGCAAGACUAUUUGAACUGCGGCAACGAUAAUAUCAGUUGCAUAGACAACUAUUUCCCUAAAAAGUUUAUUUUGGCUUGAUUGAUUUCCCGUUUGCGACAAAGUCACCGCAUCUUCUUUAGACAGUUCCUUUAAUUUUGAUGACGGAUUGAGAUUAUGAGAUGGUAUUCGAGUGGGGAACUUUUCUGGAAAUCGCUUAUGAAUCCGUCACCUGUAUAAAUAGUGACUAAUUAGGAAUUUCCUUGGCGCAAAAAUGAAUUUCAUAAUCGGAAACAUUUUUGACACAGUUUUAUCAAGUGUUCCAAGCAAACCACCGCUACUACCAGCGAAGCACGGCAAUGAAUCUUGACUUUUCGUUGAAUCUUUCUUUUUCGUCGCUAGAGAGCAAUGGUAGUUUUUCAACGCCGAGCUCUCAGGUGGACCAAGUGGGGUUCAAUUCCACGGCAGCGCUGAUGUCUUUUGUUAUUUUCCUGGCUUUGUUCGGUAAUGGUUUCGUGAUUUUAGCGUUCUAUCGCUUUCACCAGCUCCGUACAAUCACAAACUAUUUUGUUGUGUCUCUGGCGGUGGCCGAUAUUCUCGUGGCUUCGCUCUCCAUGCCUUGCUGGAUGUUCAUUCGUCUCUCAGCCCUAUCGCAGAUUCCCAGAGAUAAAAAGCUGGACAAGGUGCUUUACUAUUCGUGGCAGUAUGUGGAUAUUCUGUGCAGUACAGCGUCCAUUGUGAAUCUUUGCAUGAUCAGCGUUGACAGGCACUUGGCAAUCAACUCGCCUCUAACCUAUCACAGCCGAAUGACUCCAAAGCGAGCCAAAGGUUCAAUUGCCUUUGCUUGGCUGUUCGCCUUCUUUUGUGCAAGUCUAUCGAUUGUGACAGUGAUCGGGAAGCUCAUGCCGACAGCGGGAAAAGUUUACGCCAUUUUCAUCUCCUUUGCGGCUUUCUUUAUUCCUCUACUUAUUCUAAUCGGCGUUUACAGUAAAAUUGCCUACGUUGCCUUACGCCAGGUUCGAACAAUCUGCGCCGCCAGUGCAGGAAUUGACCACGGAGUUCAGAGGGAACACAACAUGACUUUCCGACGCGAGCUCAGGGUAACGAAGAUGUUGGGAUUGGUAGUAGGGGCAUUUGUUCUGUGUUGGGGACCGUUCUUUUCAAUUGUUGUUCUGUAUGCCGUUUGUUCAAGCUGUCCCAAUGACUACGGUUGGGUUAAUACCAGCAAAUGGCUUCAUUACGCCAAUAGCACCCUUAACCCCCUCGUCUACAUGCUCUUCACACGCACAUUCCGAAGUGCGUUUCGACGUCUUAUUGUUCGCGGACUAUGUUGCAAGACGUUACCGCUUGGAGGUACGCGUUUCAAUUUGAAUAUCUGGAAAGCGGGUAGUGUCGAGCCGACUGAAAUGCUGAAAACAUACGGAGAGACUACGAGAGGUCAUCGAAGAAUAACAGAGGAAGGUCUUGUUGAAAUGACAGGAAACAUAGAACACGCUAAAAGCAUAGAACAGACUAAAAUCUGCCAACUGACAGUCACCACGAGUACUUGAGUAGCUAGCUGUCCUCGAAAGACUCCGGUGCCAGAAAUAAUAAAUGAACAAGUUGGAGGUUUAUUUUAACAUAUCUUUUUUUGGUAAUUUGUGAGGAGCAGUUUUUAAUCAACUUUUCAAUUUUAAGUUCUUAAUUAUUGGGAAUGUUUUUAGCUGUUAGCCAUAUUUUGAGAAGCGCAUUCGGAUCAUGCAAACUGUAAAUAAUGAAAUCUGUACUACACCAAUUAUAGUUAUAGUUGUUAUUCCCUGGAGCAAAUUCGCAGCCGCUCUUGUAUAUGUAAUCCUAAACACGCUAACUAUGGUACUCAAUUUAACAGAAAUUCCUACACUGAUGGAAUAAUAGAAUUCUUAAUGCGGUUUCCGAAAUCUGCUUUCGCCGCUAGCAACGAGAAAAAAACACUGAUUGCAACUCAUUCAGUUCAGCGAUUUUAUUAUGUUACACCUGCUUUUCCAAACUCUUUUCGCCUCGUUUUAGUAUCAGAUACAGUUUGCCGUAACUGCUAUGAACUUUUGUGAAUUACAGUAUUAAACAAAUACUGAUUCAGUGUUCGUUUUGGGCUUAGCUUGCACUUGUAUGGUUUCCUUUCAGCUCUUACAUGUUACAGUGUUCCUUACUUGUUAGUUUCAUUGUCAAAAACAUCGCAUAGAAAAUGUUACCGCAAAAGGGAAAAAAAAGCGAUUGCUUUCAAGAACCUUUUGCUUAAUAUGAGUGUUUCCAUAGGGACAGAAAACGAACUAGUAACAUGACACGGUAGAAUAAUAUUGAUUUUUCCAGAUAAUGCAUUUGCUUUAGCGAGUUCACAUUUAAAUUGUCCAUUUCCGGUAAAGCAAUGUAAUUCCGUCGUCUACAAAAUAGAGACUCGCUCCUUUGGAUAACAGCCGCCUCAUGUCUUUAUCUUCAGAGACUUGUUAACUUGUUACUCAAAAGCGCAGCCCCUUUGAAAGCGAAUAAUCGCAAGGAAUCAUGAAGUUGAUAUUUUGCACUAUGGUAAAUCUGCAGAGACACCAAAAAAAAAAAAAAACGAAGUGUUUAGAAAUGGUUGAUUUUUCGGUGUGGAACUGGUGUUUGCCUCACACAAUAAAUACGGAAAUAGACUCGACGCGAGCGACAGAGCAAAAAUACACCUGCAUUUGCGUGUAGUGAUUUUACUUCGUACACCGAUAACUCUGGUAUAGGUUCGUAAGAGAGAAAUCAUUCCAAAUUCUACAAGUUUGAAAACAUUCUCAGUUAACAAUGCUGUUGAUUUCCUCAUUUAUUGACCAAAAAAACUUGGUAAGAUCUUAAUAAUGGUGGCAAAAGGUAUUUUUCCAAGGAAUAACUGACAUGAAGCAAAGCUGAUUACUAGGAAGAAAACUAGUAGAGUGCAAACUUAAAGCCAAGAAUUGUAACCGUAGACAGCUUUUUCGACCUGGUUGGGUCUCCUCAGCACCGUGUAGCAGCAAAAAAAUAGAGCAACCAGCACGAGGGCCAAUUGUCUACUAAAUAUACAUGGAAAUGACCUCAGAUGAGACUCAAAUCCAAAUGUUUGCGGCUUGGUCAACGUCACAUGCAAAUGGAUCGUUUUGUAAAAGUGAGACCUUCAUAUUAAAAGAGCUAGGUUUAAUUCGAAAUUUGUUCAAUUUUUUUUCUCCUUGAAAAAUAAUAGUAAAAGAAUAUACAUUGGCCUCCGAAAGCUAUCAUAUCUUAUCUACCUGGUCAAAACAAUUCGAAUUCGUAUCAUUAUUUAUCCAUAUAGGCAAGCCAGUAAAACAUCUAGUAUAUAGAUUUAUCCAAGCCUAAAAGCGGGAGCCCCUGGGCCGGGUUGUUCAAAGACCGAUAAUUUUUUAUUUGACUUUAGUAACUUUUCGGUGGGGUUUUCUGUUUAUAUUGCCUGGCCUUCUGCUUUGAGUUUGAAUGAUCUCAAACUACACAAAAUACAACAGUAAAAACAUCUUAAUACAAGAAAAAUUUAUACUUCGGUUAACUUUUAAUCCAGGGUCAGCGUUCGAACAACCUGGCCCCGAUCAAAACAAGGUAGCCUUGCUUAAGCCCACGAUCCAAUCGAAAAACAACACUUAGUCAGCGGUCAAUUAAAGAAAAACUACGUGAACUCCUUCAGCCCUAAAGUUGAGCCUGCGAUACGGACACGUGAUACUGGUCAGCGGAUAUCUGUUUUGACCGAUGUCAAUAGACCAUAACAUGGAUGUCCGAUAUCGAAGAUGUACGCUGUAAACCAGGGCUGCAUGUCUGGGUCAACUUAUUAACAAUGGUAAUAGGACUGAGUGUAGUCCAAUUCGGUCUGGAAUCAUAGGAAUGAUC